AUGAUCGCACAUUACCGGACGCCCGCCGCCACCUUCGACGACGUACCUGGGGAGCUACCAGGAUCCACGCUCGCCGGAACUAAAGCUCAAAACGCCGAAGUCAGCGAUGCCCUCUCCCUACUGAAUGGUUUACAGUUUGAUGACCUUGCCGACAAUGUCAUCUGGAGGGAUCUGCUCGCAUUGACUGGGACGUACAGAACGAUCUAUUCCCCGUCCAAAGUUUUCACCACUUUUCAAAAGCUCUCGCAAUUGAGGUCGAGGUCUGCCUUUUCCCAAACUAACCGUCCACCGAGAAUUUCAACAGCUUUGGGAAAAUCCUGGACAGAGGUGGACUUCGACUUUGAGGUUCAACAUGGCACGCUUUCCGCGCUAUGCAGUGGUACAGUGUCUUUGAUCCUUGGCCUCGACAGUAAGUGGCGCAUAUGGAUGAUCCGCACGUGGCUAGAGAGCUAUCGUGGACAUGGUGACCCCGAUAUCUUGGAGCCCAAGGUCAAAGGCAGCCUUGGUAAUGGAAAACUGGACACUGAAUACGACGCUGUCAUCGUUGGUGGUGGCCAGGCUGGUCUCUCUCUGGCAGGGCGGAUGCAAGCCCUGAACUUGAACUACACUUUACUGGAACAGAACGCGGAGCUUGGAGAUAUCUGGAAUCAACGGUACGAAUCGCUGACAUGGCACACUCCCAAGGAGUACGGUGAACUUCCAUUUAGUCCUGCUUUUGAUCCAGAAGAUCCUGUGUUGGUUCCAACACAACGGAUCGCCUCGGCACAUAAAGCUUGGGCAGAAAAGUAUGGCAUCAAAGCUCAAACCAGCACGUGCGUAAACAAGGCAACUUGGGACGAAGAACGACAGCGUUGGAUAGUACAUGCAACUAGUCACGGAGAGAAGAUCACUUUGAUCUCCAAAAAUCUUGUCAUCUGCAUUGGAGGCGGCUCAUCUACCCCAUAUCUGCCCGCCUGGGCACAGCCUAAGCAGGUUCUUGCAUCUCAAUUUUCUGGUACCAUCAUCCACAGCAAGGACUAUCGAAACUGUCACGCGUGGGCCGGACAACGUGGUGUGGUUGUUGGCACUGCAAAUACGGGACACGAUAUGGCCGAAGACAUGGUAAAAGCAGGCAUGCAUACUACCAUGAUUCAGCGCAACCCUACGUUUGUUAUGCCCGUGGAAUGGCUUCACGCUGGCAUGAUCGCCGACUACAAUCAAAAUAAAGAUUCUGCCCGAGCGGACCGAGAAGCAUUUACGUAUCCGUACAAGAUUACGAGGGAGAUCAUCAAGGGCACAGUGCGUCAGCUGAUAGACAAAAAUCCGGAACGAUUUGAUGCCCUUGAAAGAGCAGGCUUCAAGGUGGAAAGAUACGGCGACAUCAUCAAUAACAUAUUUGUGCGAUUGGGUGGGCACUAUGUUGACACGGGUGCUUCUGCAAGAAUAGCGGCCGGACAAAUCAAAAUGAAUACUCAAUCAAUCAAGAGCUUGACCAAGGACGGUCUGUUGUUCGAAGAUGGGAGCGAGCUGAAAGCAGACUUAAUUGUCCUUGCAACAGGUUUUGAGCACAACUUUCGCAAGCAAACGGAGCAAAUCCUCGGACCCAUCGCUGAUCAGAUAGACGAUUACUGGGGCAUCGACCGGGAGGGAGAAAUCAGAGCGUUGGCAAAACCUGCAGGACAUCCUAAUUUAUACUACCUGGGUGGGGAUACCAGAAUGGCCCGAUUCUUCUCGAGAUUUGUGGCUCUCUUGGUGCAGGCCGAAGUCUUCGGCUCCGGAGCUGAGCCUUAUCGGAAUUAG